UUGAAAUUUUGUUUCUUUUCGAGUGCAUCUUUUUUUCGUUGUUUUUUUUUCUUGAUCGUUCUCUUACCAUACACAAAUGUGGUUCUCAAAUUUGAUCGAUAUUGAAAAUUGGAAACGAAGAAUGGUUUCGAUUACGGAAAAUGUUCAACAACAGCAGGUAAAAGAUCAGGAAUCUGAACAACAGAAUAUUCAAAAACAACAACAACAACAACAUGAUAUACCAGAUAAAUUUUAUGGCCGUUAUCGUCUAACACAGAGUGAUAAUUUUGAUGAAUUUCUACGUGAAAUUGGUGUUGGUUUUCUUUCAAGAAAAUUGGCCAAUCUAACAAGACCACAUUUGGACAUUGUAAAAGAAUCAGAUGGUUAUAUUGCCAUGAAAGUUGAAGCACCACAUAAAUGUUUGGUGAAUCGUUUCAGGAUAAACGAAUAUUUCAAUGAAACACGUAUGGAUGGUAAAGUUUGUAAGUCAUUAGUGGAAUUUAUACCGCCAAAUAAAUUUGUACAAUUUCAAUGGGACGAUACAUUGGAAAUUAAAUAUAUACGUGAAUUUGUGGAUAAUAAAAUCAACGUGAAAUCCAUUUGUAACAAUGUGGAAAGUUUUCGUGUUUAUACACGUGUUGAUUGAAUAUGACAAUAUGGACCCGGAAACAACACCCGAUUAAAAAAAAAUGGCUCACAAAAUUCUCACACAUUCCAAAUAUUGACGACCAUCAUCAUCAUCAUCAUCAUCACUAUCUCCAUUAUUAUCGAUUAUCGAUUAUUCAUUUUUAUAAUUAUAAUC